AUAGUUUACGCGGCACCCGUAUUCUGGAAAAACAUGAAAAACUCGCAUUUGUUGAGGAAACUCAUCUCAGUACAAAGAAUCCCCAUGAUAAGAAUAACAAAAGCAUACAGAACAGUAAGCAACAACUGUCUCAAUGUCUUAACAAAUAUAAAACCAAUUGAUAUAACCCUAGACAAAGAGGUCGCCGCAUUUUAUGUCUUUCAAAACAAAGAAGACUACUCCAUAAAUGAAAAAGAAUACACUGCGGACAAGGUACAACAUCAAGUAGAUAUAUGGAAAAGCCAUCCUGCAAAACAGUAUGCAGUACCAUUUGCGACAAGCAACGAAACGCCAGAACAAACCCAGUACAAAAUAUACACGGAUGGAUCCAUAGCAAAAGGAUCAGCCGGGGCUAGUUACAUUAUAAUGGACAGGCAUGAAUCAGUCACAGUAAUGAAAAAGAUAAAGCUACCAAAUUACGCAACGAUAUUUGAUGCUGAAAUGAUUGCAAUCCAAGAGGCAAUAAAAGAAACACUAAGUUUCCCCGACAACACAACAUUCGCCCUCUUCUCGGAUAGCCUCUCCUCACUUAAAGCCUUAGCAAACCCAUACAAUCAGAACCCCAUCGUCCACGAAACGAAAAACCUAAUUAAAACACUCCUUCAGAAACAGAAACUCAGCAUGCACCAUGUCAGAAGCCACACCAACAUCGACGGAAAUGACCUAGCCGAUAAACUAGCCAACGAAGCUAGAAAAACUGGCAGACCAAUUGAAAUCAAAACAUCGAAAAAGUUCAUAAAAAAAGAAAUGGAGGAAGACGCACGAGAAAGAUGGGACAGGGCCUGGACGCAGAGCGAGGUAGACAUAGAACUCCACUCAUGGAUACCUUCAAUCCACCAAAUACCAAAUUCCAACCAACCACCAUCAAACACAGCUGUUAACCAACCAUGGAAAAUUUCCAUAUUACUUUAAAAAGAUCAACAAAACCAAAGACGCAAAAUGUAUCUGUGGGGAGCUGGCUGAAACACUUAACCACUACACAGAUAACUGCGCAACAACCCAGGAAUUGAGCAACACAUUUAAAACAACCCACCCAGCCGGCCUAACAAACGAAUCCAAACCUGACAUUGUAAGCGACGAAGAAAUAAUGAAAACUUUAGAAGCAUUAGUACAGCAAAUAAACAAAAUAACGAAUCCCAACUAAAAAAGAAAAAAAAAAAGGAAAAAAAAAAGAAAAAAAAAACAGAACACAUUUUAACAGAUACAUGUCUCCUUUGCCCCUCAGUCGCAGCUGAGAAAGAACAGGUCAAACCCGGCCAGUCACUCCCCCUUUGCCCUCCUGUUGCCCACGACUCCAUGGGUUUCUACCACAUGGUCAAAAAAAAAAAAGAAAAAAAAAAAGAGCGCUUUAAACUUGCAAA